UGGAGCUAUCGUAACGAUGGAGAUGACGCAAACGGACCCCGCUCCCCCCAAAAGUGUUCAAGACGAACAUGGCGGCAAUUUAACCCAGGUCCAAGAUGACUGUGGCCAUUGGGAGAAAAGAUCCAAGGCAUUCAACCCAGAUACGAACCGGAAAAAAUCAACUGGGGCACAAUCAAAUGGCUUUUGCUUUCUCAUAAUUGAAUCCGGGAAACUGCAGCAGUAACGGCAACAGCACUGAUAAACUGGCCACAGCUGGUCUCUCUGCGCGCGAGCACCACCCCGGAGAGCAGAAGAGAGGGAGCGAGGUGCGAGGCAUGCGGUUACAGAGAACGUGGUUUCCCCCCGGAGAGCCAUGGAGAACCGGGAUGCGGCAGCGCGAGGCUUAAUCUGUGCGGGCGCGCUAAUUGGAUCGGAAUAACACACCGACGGCGUCUGGCGCGAGAGAGGAGAGCCCAGGACCGGCGGCGGCACUGCAGCCCACCGUUACCGAGGAUAAAUAACCAGAGUCCAUCUCCCAAAGUCAAUGAGUAUAGUGGCAGAGGAGCCCCCGCGGUGGAGUCGGCCAGAGCUGCGCUUUUCCUAAAAUAUGACCAGGGGUGCUUGGAUGUGUCGGAAGCAAGAUGACGGCUUAAAAAUCUGGUUUGCACCCCGAGAGAACGAGAAGCCAUUUACCGAGUCGGAGCGGGCCCAGAGAUGGCGCCUAUCGCUGGCCUCUCUUCUCUUCAUCACCGUCCUGCUCUCUGAUCACUUGUGGUUCUGCGCCGAGGCCAAACUGACGCGGACCCGAGACAAGCGGCAGGACAAGCGGCUCGCCUUUACGGACAUGGUCGAGUACCCAAACUCCACUCACCACCAUACCCCCUCCUCUGACCCCCAUUCCCCCCACGGCCCCCUUGCCAGAAAGCCAGAUGUAAUUUUUAUAGGGAAUUCUACCAAACAUCUGUGGCGACUGGACACCUGUCACCCGGACAGCUUGUCCAAAGACUGCUUCACUUUCACGGACGCAGAGCCCGUCUGCCUGGGCCUCUCCGGGGGCGGGGAGAGGACGCAGUCGGCGGACUUGAAUCUGAGCGAUUUGUAUCUUUCUUUUUGUAAUUCCUACUCUCUUUUGGAUUUGUUUAACGGGUUUACAAGUCCGGACAAUAUAAACUGCAGCCUGGACGUGGCUGAGGGUGACACGCUGGGAUGCAGCGAGUGUGUCCGGGUUUACCAGCGCUUUGACCGGCAAGCUCAGGAGGACUACCGGGAGUUUGAGCAGUUGGUUGAGAAAUAUGAGACUGAUGAAUACUCGGUCAGGACAUGUAUGGAGGAAUGCAAGAUGGUAUAUAAGCCCUGGCUGUGCUCACAGUACUUCCAGACCACACAGAUGCACUGCAGUAAGAGGAUCCCGUGUGGCCAGUACUGUCUGGAGGUGCAGCAGAGGUGUCCCUUCAUCCUUCCUGACAACGACGAUCUCAUCCACGGAGGAAGCCCCAGUUUUAUAUGCACAGGGCUGUUGGAGGAGUACCAUGGGGGCGUGGAUGCAGACGCGGAGUGCUGUGAUGUUCGGUGGGACUUCCAGAUAGAAGAUGACAACAACCAUUCCCGGGGGACCCUCAAAAGAACUCACCCAUCCUGUCACCACCGUACCUCUCUCAGUUCCUCGGCCGUGUGCAGAGUGUGCAACAGCCGGCUCAAACUCUGCCUGCUAGUCCUUGUCCUCCUGCACACUGUCGCCUCCCUAACCGCAUCCCACAAUGCAACAGGGCUGGGCCUCCCUGCCUCACUCGCCCCUCUGGAGGAGAGCUCCCCCGCCAACGAGGAGUAAUGGGAUGGCCGAUGAUAUAGGUUGUCACGACAAUAUGAAACAUCUCCACCUCGGUCGGGAAUGCUAUGUGCUGUUGGCUAGACGUCUGCAGCCGCUGUGCUUUCUGGGUAAUUGAGUCUUUGCAGAGGUGUUGGACUACUUAUAAAUGGAAGACAUGCAAAUCAAUCAAAGCAAACAGACUUACAAACAAAGAGACGAAAACAUGACAGUGUCGGGAAAAUGGGACAAUGCAGCAGCCUUUGUUGAGUAGGAAGGCCUCCUCACUGCUGAGUUUCUCUCGCUGCGCUUUUUUACACUGUUUCCCUGUUCUGGCUUUCUGUUGCACUGGCUGACUACCGGAUAACACUCACUGUCCAAUUAGAAUGUCCAUCCUUUAUGUUGUUCCUUUAUGGGUCUCUUGUGCAGGAAGGAAAUGUCUCAUUGAUAUAGGAUAGAUAACAUCAAAAAGCAAAGUUGUGAGUGUGUGCGUAUUUGUGUGUGUGUGUGAUUGUGUGUGGGUGUCUACUCUGAAGUCUCCACUCAUUUGGGUUCCCAUUCCUAAAGCAGCUUUAGAUGUAGGAAAGGACACUAAAAUGUUAGAGUAGUAGUUUGCUCUCAUGGUUCUGUGUGGCUAAAUCGGUAGAGAAUGGUGUUUACACUGCCAUGAUUGUGGGUUCGACUCCCACGGGGGACCAGUAUGAAAAUGUAUGCACUUACUACUGUAAAUUGCUUUGGAUAAGAGCAUCUGCUACAAUGUAAACAAAUGAUCCUUGGUAAAAAUGAACGUACACCCAGACUACACUACUGGCCAGUGAUACAAUUGUAAUGCUUCUCAAUAUAGAAGACAACCCCUUGAUAUAGAAGUAUCCUACUAGCCUUUCUCUGUCCCUACCACACACUCUGUCCAUGCUCUGUGUCUUCUCAGCCCAGCACUCCACACAUAGAAGGUCUACUGUUUGUCUAAUCAAAAUGUCUUACCUCUAUUCUGUACUUGCAUGUGGAGGCUCUCUUAAUGAUGUGAAAUUCACAGCCUUGUUGGUUUGCUUUACAUAGCCUUAGCCCCCCUCUGUGGUAGAGAACACUACUGCACCCCCAAAACACCACCAGUAAGGUAGCAUGUCCUCUGCUUUCUUCAACUAAUGUUACUUAUCUCACAUUGUGUAAAGGGCUUAUUUCUAUAUACAAACACAGACAAAAAUGUGCUUGAGGUAUGGCUUCAGGUAUCUCAGUUCACACUGCAUGCUUAGGGGUAUACCUUCAAAGGUAUGCAUUUGCUUAAAAGGUGUUUAAUGUGUUGCUAUAGAGAGUGGGCAGGUGUAGGACCCCGUAUGUAGUAUGUUUGAGGAGAAACGUUGGGCGGCACAGUAAGGCUGAGAAGCUCAAUUUCAUUAUGUUAACAUUACUGUUAGCAUUAUGGUUAGUGUGAGCUGGAAGAAAAGGCAAUAUUUAAGGGCUGUUUUAAUCAUUUCUUGUCCCUUUGUUUUCUAGCUGAUUAACUGAACUGAUAGAUAGUGGUGUCAGGUAUUUUAGGCCUAACAAAUGUAUGCUGAAUUCUCCACUUUCAUGUCUGUUGAAUAUAUAUGUUAGCCUCCUAUUGCUAGGUCAGGCUUGUCAGAUUCUACUCGUCAACUACAGGUCCCACAAAUGAAGAAACAAAUAGAAAACUGGUUCUCCUCUCAUUCAUUGUUGCAUUCUCCAUUGUGAGAUCUGUCUGUUUACUUGUUGUCUCACUCAUAGUCAUGCUGCAUUCACGACCCUCGGAUUGUUGGGAAAUGCAACCUGUAGAGCAAUGGAGUUGUGUGCAUUCACAUGCUUUGAACUAGUUGAGAACACCAACAGGCUAACGUCAAACUAUCAACUUAAACCGUAAACAUACUUUCAUGCUCAAAAACAAAUUAUAGUGUUCAAAAACCAUCAUAUUGAUUGUUUUUGAUAAAUAAUGUUUUGUUGUUGCAUUUAACUGCCGAAAAUGCUGUCAUCAAAGUAUUUUCCUUAGGUGAUGUCAGAGUUCAGCAUGUCAUAGAAUUUGGGGUCCAGAGAUGAUACCUGAGUUGCAAGGUUGUAAUUAGGACUUGGAAGUUUAGAUUACUCCGAUAGGUUGUGAAUGCAGGAUCUGUUCAUUUGAACCCAUCAUCCCAUCAUUCCUGUUUCUUCUCUGGUUCCUUCAUCCCAUCAUUCCUGUCUCCUCUCUGGUUCCUUCAUCCCAUCAUUCCUGUCUCCUCUCUGGUUCCUUCAUCCCAUCAUUCCUGUCUCCUCUCUGGUUCCUUCAUCCCAUCAUUCCUGUCUCCUCUCUGGUUCCACCACCCCGUCAUUGCCGUUUCCUCUCUGGUUCCUUCAUCCCAUCAUUCCUGUUUCCUCUCUGGUUCCUUCAUCCCAUCAUUCCUGUCUCCUCUCUGGUUCCUUCAUCCCAUCAUUCCUGUCUCCUCUCUGGUUCUAUGGCCUGUAAUUCCAUAGGCCAACAGUAGAUGGGGCUCUUGAAUAGGUUUAUUUCAAGAAUUUAUUAUUAAUUAUUAAUUAAAGGUAGAAUGUCAAAUGAAAUCCUAGCAAGAUUGGACCACUGAAAGAUGGGGUCAAAGCAGAUGCAUAAGGAUACAGGAGGCUGAGGUCUUCGGAACCUAGUGAUAAUGGAGGUGUGUGUGUGUAUGUUCGAGGGGCUUCUGGUGGCUCACUAAUUAGUCAGGUUCAGCACAGAGCCAGUCUUCUCUGGAGACCUCAUUAGCAUGGCUGUGCCAAGGGGCCUGCAGGUGUGGCGGAAAUUUCCUGUUUUUAGAGCCCUCCGGAGACACAACAUUAACUAGCCCCAUUAAUCACUUCUUCCUCUUCAUCAGCACCUAACACCUACUGUAAGUCAGCACACCGCAUACAUACACCUUCAUCAGCAUUACACCUCUAUCAGCCUCUGAUCUAGACCUUCAUCAGCAUUACACCUACAAUAGAUCUGAACGUCAUCUUCUAGUAAACAGACUCGUUCUGUCCAUCUGAGAGAUGAGCGAAAAAGAGUUUGACAGAGAUUCAGAGGGAAGGUAGGGAUAUGGAGAAAAAAACAUUAACGGAGGAUGAAAUGAGAAAGAGAGGGAGGAGUCACAAUGUGACAGAGGGGAGAGAAUGGAUGGUUGACAAAUCAAAAUGAACAAAGGGGACCCUAGGCCAAUCCCUAAAUCAGUGUGUAUGUGAUGUUACAGUAUGCAAGAGAAUCCCACACAUGGCCAGAUUAAAGCCAUGGCCCUUUUGGAGAGCUCUAAAUAGUAUGUCCUGAGAGAAAAGAGAUAUUAUCACCAAAUAUAAGACUAUUCUCAGCAGCUACAAUACCAUUUAGUAAAAGUGCCCUAAAAAGGCUUAUGUUAGCAUGUUAGCUUCAGUGCUACCCUACUGCAUCAAGACAAUCCUUAUACUGUAUCUCCUGACUCUCACUCUUAUGUGUGACCCAUACCCUGUAGGAGUCUAACACGUUAGUAGGCUACUCCACCAAAAUGAGGCCCAGGAAUAUUCUAGGAAAAUUGCAUCUUGUCUUGCUCUUGAUUUUUCCAUGUUCCAUAUCUGAUAUAAGGUUGAGAUCCAAUGACCUUAUGGACCUUGGUGUGAUCUGACCCUGAACCAGUAUACAUUACUAUAGCUUUACACCAACACACUAAGUCAUGCACAUGUAAAAGUCCCUUUUACAUGCAGUAAUGCAUCAUGUACUACCAAUGGCUGUCCUGGCUGACAGUAUGUGUUCUCCAUGUCAUCUCUCACUGACUGUGCCAUAGACUCACCAUAAACAUUACUGUACACAAGCUUUCUCCAAAUAAAGAUAGACCUUAUGAAAUGCCAUGAAAUAUACGUUUUUCUAAUUUCGAUAUGGACAAUGCAGGCAUGUAUGCAACUCUGCUGUGAUUUGCUAGAUUGAUUCCCUAUUAUGCUAAUGUGGUUUAAGGCCCUAUCAAUUCAAUCUAGAUCACAAUGACAUUGAUGUUGUACUGUAUGUACUAUAGACCUCCAAAUGAGUACCAUGACCCAAUCUACAAGACACCACAUUUAUAGUGUUGUGUUCAUUGCACAUAAUUAUGUGUUCUUAUCCUGUCCCACUCUCCGGCUUGUGCAGCUGCCUUCAUAUACAGUUGAAGUUGGAAGUUUACAUACACUUAGGUUGAAGUCAUUAAAACUUGUUAUUCAACAACUCC